UUAUCAUGGACAAAUUAUGAUGGGGGUACACAGUGUAGCUCAGACACUUCUGUGUGGUCAGUAAGGAGCAGGCCCUUAUUUUUCCAGCUCUAGGAAAAGAUGAGUUUGCUGCUUUGUAUACAACCAGUGAGGGGAAUUGGAAUUGCCAGUCACAAUAGCUACACUAUAACCUUUGGGGUGCUGAAUGUGGGAACUGAGGGGAGGUCUGGAUUCUCAGUGUUGGUUUCUAAUUUAUCUGUCAUAUGUCAAUAAUGUCUACCCCAAUACAUGCCAAUAUUCUGCUUUUCUUGAAGGCACAGGGAGGAAGGAAGAAUGACUGCUGAAUUAAAGAAAAAUAUGAUAAAGGAUUCAGUGACCUUUGAGGACGUGGCUGUGGAGUUUACCCAGGAGGAGUGGGUUCUACUGGAUCUUGCUCAGAGGAAACUCUACCAAGCUGUGAUACUGGAAACCUUCUGGAACCUAGCUGCACUAGGUUUUGAGACUCAACUUAAAAGUGAUGAGUUAGUUCUUCAAGAUACUGGUGGAGAAAAGCUAUCCAAACAACAGGAAAUUAUAAGACUGAAAAGGAAUGAUUCCUGGUCCUCUGCUUCACAGGAAAACUGGGGAUCCCAUGACAGUGAUUGUCAGAACAAAAGCCAAGAGAGACCUUUGAGAAGUCAUGUGUUGAAGAGUACCUUUGAAUGUAAUGAAGAAAACCAGCACACACCAAAUACAAAUGUCAAUAUGCUGGAGAGGAAAGGCAAAGUGCCGUAUGAGUGUUGCCAGUACGGAAAGGACUUCACAUUCCAUUCGUCCCUCAAGAAUCACCUCAGGUCCCAUAGUGGGAGCAUGCCCUAUCAGUGCAAGGAGUGUGGCAAAGCCUUCCACUUCCUAGCUUGUUUUAAUAAGCAUCUGAAAACUCCCAUGGAGGAGAAGCCCUAUGAGUGUCAAGAAUGUUCCAGAACCUUUAGCUGUUCCUCACUCUUUAGGGCUCAUAUCAAGAUUCAUAGUGACAGGGGCAACUAUGAAUGUGAAGAAUGUGGGCAUGCUUUCAGUCGCUCUUCCUACCUCACAGAACAUAAAAGGAUCCACAAUGGUGAGAAGACUUAUGAAUGUAAGGAGUGUGGGAAAGCCUUCAGUUGCUCUUCAUCGCUCUCCAAACACAAAAGAAUCCAUACUGGAGAUAAGCCCUAUGAGUGUAAGGAGUGUGGGAAAGCCUUUAGUUCCUCUUCCCACCUCAUCAUUCACAUCAGAAUUCACACUGGAGAGAAGCCUUAUGAAUGCAAGGAGUGUGGGAAGGCCUUCAGCGAGUCCUCAAAACUCAAUGUCCAUGUGCGAACACAUACUGGAGAGAAGCCAUAUAAAUGUAAGGAAUGUGGGAAAGCCUACAAUUGUCCCUCCUCCUUAAGUAUCCAUAUGAGAAAACACACUGGGGAAAAGCCAUAUGAAUGUCUUGAAUGCGGAAAAGCUUUCUACCUUCCUACAUCCCUGAAUACGCAUGUGAAAAAUCAGAGUAGAGAGAAGCCUUCCAAGUGUAAGGACUGUGGGAAGGCCUUCACUUGUCCCUCAUCCUAUAAGGCACAUGUGCGGGACCAUGCAGGGAAGGUACAGUAUGAAUGUAGAGAAUGUGGGAAGGCCUUUAGUCGCUCCUCAUCCCUCACGGAACACUUACGAACUCACAGUGGAGAGAAGCCUUAUGAAUGUGCUGAGUGUGGGAAAACCUUUAUUAGUUCGUCCCAUCUUACAGUACACAGACGAACUCACACGGGAGAGAAGCCGUAUGAAUGUCAGAAAUGUGGGAAAGCCUUCAUCUACUUCUCAGCCCUCAGCAUCCACAUGAGAACGCACACUGGGGAAAAGCCAUAUGAAUGCAAGGAGUGUGGGAAAGCAUUUCGACACUCUUCGUAUCUCACUGUCCAUGCAAGGAUGCACACUGGGGAAAAACCCUUUGAAUGUCUCGAGUGUGGGAGGGCCUUCAGCUGUCCCUCAUCCUUUCGACGGCACAUGAGAAGCCACACUGGAGAUAAGCCAUAUGAAUGUAAGGAAUGUGGGAAAGCCUUUAUUUGCCCAGCCUAUUUUCGAAGACAUUUGAAAAUUCACUCAAGAAAACACAUAAAUGUAAAGAAUGUGGCAUGUGAGCAAAGCUUUGUCUAAUCCUGGGUAGCUUUGGAAGUCUCAUACUGUAGAGAUUCCUCAUAAAUAUGACAAAGUAGGCAAUUACUGUUCUUCCUUUUGAAAACAUGAGGACAUAUGAGAGAAAUCUUGUAUAUGUAAACUAUGUCAGAUAUAGCUCCUGAUCAACAUGUCAUUUCUUGUGUGUAAACAAAUUUAUACUAGCCCCGUUCCUCACCAUUUAGGGGAACUGCUGGUUCACUGGUUUUCUAAUGAGAGGCAAAUCUACUUUUCAAUUUUAGGCACAUUUAGUAGGAGAUGCAUUUAUUUUGGCUCAAAUAUGUUAUUUCUAUUCCAGAAGUCUUCUGGACCCUCAGUGUGUAUGUGCUCACACAUACACAUGUGUGGAUGGAUACACACAC